GGUUAUUGGCCAUUAGGUUUUACAUGGUGCAAUAUAUAUGUGACCUGCGAUGUUAUGGCAUGUUCAUCGAGCAUCCUGCAUAUGUGCUUCAUCAGUUUGGGUCGUUAUUUAGGCAUACGAAAUCCAUUGGGUUCACGGCAUCGUUCAACGAAACGUUUGGCUGGCAUGAAAAUUGCCAUUGUCUGGGUAAUGGCCAUGAUUGUAUCCAGCUCGAUAACAGUAUUGGGUCUUGUAAAUGAAAAAAACAUCAUGCCCCAGCCAAAUGUUUGUGUCAUUAACAAUCGUGCAUUUUUUGUUUUCGGUUCUUUGGUGGCAUUUUAUAUACCUAUGGUAAUGAUGGUAAUCACGUAUGCUCUGACAAUACCAUUGCUGAGAAAAAAGGCACGAUUUGCAGCUGAACAUCCGGAAAGCGAAUUAUUUCGUCGGUAAGUAAUUUUUUCUUGC